CGAGUCUUUCCGUUUCGCUGAAGGGAGGCGCUGCUCGCGCGAUCCUCGUCAUUCUGAGUUUCUCUCGCGCUCUGACAAGUGAAAGAAGGAAACGGUUUAUUUCGCUGUGACCGGACUGCUUGACCGAAGACGCACAGAUAACGACACCAAUGCAAGAAUGGGUCCAUCUUACAUAACAUCUCCAACGGUUAAUGAUUCACAAGUGUGCCCCUCAAUUGAUGACUUCCGUAACCAAGUCUAUUCAACGGUAUAUUCUAUCAUCACUGUCUUAGGGCUGAUGGGCAAUGGCUUCGCAUUGUACGUGCUCCUUCGUACCUACCGUCAGAAAUCAUCCUUCCACAUCUACAUGCUCAACUUGGCUGUGUCAGACCUGCUGUGUGUCAGCACUCUGCCACUACGGGUGCUUUACUACGUCAACAAAGGGCAGUGGAACCUGGGGGACUUUCUCUGCCGUUUGAGUUCCUACGCACUGUAUGUCAAUCUCUACUGCAGCGUCUUCUUCAUGAUGGCCAUGAGUUUUACCCGCUUUCUAGCAAUUGUGUUCCCAGUGCAAAAUCUGAGACUAGCCACUGAGAAGAAGGCAUGGAUAGUUUGUGUGUGCAUUUGGGUCUUCAUUUGCACCACCAGUUCACCCUUCCUCCUCUCCGGACAGCAUACUGAUCCAAAGUCUAACAAAACCAAGUGUUUUGAACCACCAGAAACAUCCGAAAGCCUGGAUAAACUGAUCAUGCUGAAUUACUUUUCCCUAGUGGUGGGUUUUAUUAUUCCCUUCCUGGUCAUCUUGCUGUGCUACGCUGGCAUCUUGCGCACUCUACUUAGAAACACCAACAGUGCUAACAAGCAGCGUUACACACGCAACAAGGCCAUUCGGAUGAUUGUUGUGGUGAUGCUUGCUUUCUUGGUUAGUUUCAUGCCUUAUCAUAUACAACGCACGCUGCAUCUCCACUUUAAAAACCGUAAAGAAGCUAACUGUGAGGAGAUUAUUUAUAUGCAGAAGUCUGUGGUUAUCACCCUCUGCCUGGCUGCUGCUAACUCAUGCUUUGACCCAAUGCUCUACUUCUUCUCUGGAGAGAAUUUUCGACAUCGACUGUCCACCUUCCGAAGGGCUUCAGGAUACCUCAUUGGAACUCACAAAAGCCGCCAUGCUGUCCAAAGCUCCCCGCCUGUGGAAGAGAGUGAACUGCAAAGUUGUAACGGUUCAAACACACUCAGGUAGAGGCAAUAGAAUUGCUGCUUUUUUGUCAAUAUAGAAGCAGACUUCUUGAGACUAAAUAAAUAUUAUUAUUCAAAGUAGUUUUAAGAAGAAGGAAAAGAAGGGGUUCUUAUGUUCUACAUUUGAAUAUUAAGACUGUAAAAUGGCACUAUGGAUCUUGUGCAUGAUUACAAACAAUAUACAUUUCAAAUAUAUACAGAGUUCUGGCAUGAAACUCUAGAUGGUGAAGUCCGAUGUGUCUAACUCAAUCUGACCUAAUGACAUCAUCAUCACAUGGCACAGCUGAUUGGUUUCCUCCUGUAUCGGUAACCAAUGAGCUCGCUGCUGAACAUUUGAAUAUAUGACAAGUGCUUGCUGUAGCAGUUCGCAGCAUGCUUCAGAAACCCUCCACCUUCCCCAGCUCCACCUGUAAAGAUCUGCUAUGAGGUGAUCAUGUAUGCUAUAUGGGGGUUAUUUCAUGUAUGUUAUAUUUGCAAUACUGUAUUUCAUACAUGCUCACAGCAGCAUGUUGUGGAUGUAUUGGCAGAAGCAGCAGCACAGCAGAUCUAUUUCGCCAAGACCAAAUACAUCAACAUUGUCAUGUACAUUACCAUGCCAAUCUGAGAGUUGUCAUGACAGAUAUAUAUAUAUAUGCAUAAAACCAAGACUUGUCAUUUGCACUUAAAUAUUGUGGCUCUUUUGUUAGUUUUGAUUAUUGCUUCUAUUGUUAUCAUUUGUAUGUAGCUUAUGAUAAGUGUCUGCUAGAUGACUUUACAUUUAGUCAUUUUGCAGUCGCUCUUAUCUAAAGUGACUUACAAAUGAGGACAAUGGAAGCAAUCAAACAUAACAGAAGAGCAAUGAAUAGUGCAAGCUAGUGUAUAUACAUUUAGAAAAUGAAGGGAAUAUAUUUGCAUUUGCAAAGCAUUUCAUAGUACUGAUAACUGGACUCCUUAGUAAAUUGUUAUUGGAUGAAGUAUUUAUUUUUUGUUAAAUAACAAUUUAACCCUAAAACCGUAUUCUGGACAAAUGUGGGCAAAAUAAUUUUGAUUUAUUUUUAAAAAAUACUUCCCUUGAUCUGAGCGGUACAAGACUUGGUUACUUUUCCUAAGUUUGCCUCCUGAACACACACACAUUUUUUUUGAUUCAAUUCUACAAGGUUAAGUGGGUGAAAAAAAAAAAACUACUUAAUCUUGUAUUUGGGUCAAAAACGGGCACCCAUAGAAAUGAAUGGGAAAAAACUGUAAUUUAGAGCAUUCUUCUUGUUUUUUUUUUGUAAAAAUAAAUUAAUAGAUCCAAUACAAUGCAUAUCUAACAUACACUCAAAUGAAGAGCUGAUCCUGUACAACAUUCUCAUCAUGGCAAAAACUCACACUCAUACACACACACACACACACACAAACAAUGCAUUCAAUGAGCCUGUGACAGAGCUGGGCUAAUGUCUGACCAUGUUUUUUGGUAUGAUCCAAUCAUCCAACUGGCUCAUCACCCUCUCUCUCUCUCUCACACACACUCACACACACACACAUACACACUCACACAGACACACACACACACACACACACACACACACAAUGCAUUCAAUGAGCCUAUAACAGAGCUGGGCUAAUGUCUGACCAUGUUUUUUGGUAUGAUCCAAUCAACCACCUGGCACCUGACACCUUCAGAGUCAGAUCAAACUGCUACUGCAAGUUGUGUUGUUACUUCCAAACAAAACGUUUAUGUGGCAUAUGCUACCUAAACCUGCAGUGGCAGUUAUUUUCUCAGUUCACUGCAAGCAGCACAAUGAGAAGGAGGUUUAGUGCAGCAGAAACCCUGGAUAUUCUCCUGGAAUCCAGUGGGGAAGAAGGAGACCAGGCAAACUGUGGUUUGGAGUCAGCAGAGGAUCAAGGAUCUGAACAGUGAUACAGUGGUUCAUAGAGUUCAGCCUAUAUAUGCAGCCAUUAAGUACUAUAGCCAUCUAGUGGCUAUUGAUAUUAUUGUUUUUUGUUAAUUUAAUACCAAUAUGAGACACCAGGUGACAGCAAAGUCACUUCAUCUUUAGGUUUUAGCUCUAAGAACUUAUUGAAAUGAUAUUUUAAUGUGGUUAAAAAAUUUAAAAACAUAAAACAUAAAAAUAAGCAUAAUUUACAUAGAAAAUAUGGUACUUUUGAGGUAAAUAAAUUCAAAAAUAAUAUAUAUUUUUUUUUAAAAAAGCACCAUAAAUAGAUAGACAAAACUUUAUCGAAGACAGUGAUAUAACAUUUAUAAUAAAUAAAAAAUAGGAUCACACCUGAGUCCUCUGUGCCCACAUUUGUCCACAAUUACAGGAUUAAGGGCUAUAAAGUGAAUACGGUUUGAGGGUUAAGAGGAGACACACACAAAAACAAACAAACAAAACAUCAUGUAAACAAACUGCAUUCAGCAUACUAUGUGUAUUCAUUGUGCCAUUUAUUCUUAUUGCAGCAUUUUGGGAUGUAUCAAUGUAAAUGCAUAAUGUAACUGUACUGUAUCUUUACAUGCCUUUAUGGCUUUAUCUGAAUUCAUCAGAUCAUUACAAAACAAUGUUAAGAGGGGUUAUAAUCAAAUACAAUUUAAUUGCAUCAUUC